AUGAAACUCCGCAGAUCUGCCAAGCUCAACACAAGCGAGGAUGACCGUGUCCCUGGCAAACUUAAACCGUUUCCUGGGACGGCAGAACGUCGGCAGCGCCGCAGCGCCGGUUUUUCAGCUUCUUGGACACAACAACACAACAACUCAAGUAUACGAUCACCUUUCCACCGAAUCACGAUGGCUUCUCUCGAGAGAUCAAACACAAAACACCCCUCGAACACAGAGCCAAAACACCUCUCACGCCAACCUAAGCUAUACUUCCUCGUCAACCCCCCACGCACUUUCAAAACAGGCCAACACUUCAGCGUAACGAUAGGCCUGCCCCAUCCUCACCAACAAAAUCCAUCACUACCCAAGACCCAAGACUAUUCCGAAGCCGUCCACCUCUCCUUGCGACUCGCCGUGAACAACGCCGCCGCAAACCUGCUCAGCGGGAACUUGACAUCGACUAUUACCUGUGUAAACGGCCACGCGCCUUCUUCGGUUACGUUUGAGGGGAUAUGCGUUGUGAGGGCGGGACUCUUUCGAUUGAGGGCUUUGCUGGGGGUUGAUGAGGGUGGUGGUGUUAAGGUUGUGGAUGCGGUGGAUUCGGGUGUUUUUGAGGUUUUGGGGUGA